CUUUCUAUCCGCCCGACCCCCCCCCCCAACCCCGGGGCUCCCCAUCCUUUGCAUGUCUCGGGCCGAGCUCCCUCCCCUGCGGUGCCUUCGCCCCUCUGGGCUGCCAAUAAACUGUUACAGCCACAGGAGUGUGCGCGACUUGGGGGGUGGGGGUUAGGGACAGAAUGCCUAAAUCUUUGGGGGCGGUCAACGGAGGCUGGGGCUUAAGACGCCACCAGACUGGCAGACCUCAGCGACAUUAAGCAGAGCACUUGCCGCCCGGGGCUGAGUGGCGAAUCACGCCCCUCCGCCGUGUGGGGCGGAGCUCGCGCCUGCGCAGUGCGCACGGCAGCGUGGUGCGCCGCGGUGCACUGUGGGAGUCCUCGCGGCCUGUAUCGCCCCUGCGGAUCGAGCUCGCCUCCGCUGCUGGUCUGUGGGGCCUUGUGAUCGUCCUAUCCGCAAGUAGUCCAAGACCCGGGGCCGAUAGGAAGCCUUGGGCCAGGAGCUGGAACCGCCUGGACGCGCCUGCCCAGCCUCAGCGACCGCCGACCUGGAGCCAUUAAAGGACGUCCACCUGGGCCUGGCACCACCAUCCAACCACUCUACUCGCCUGGCCCUCCUCUCGGGCCACUAUCUCUAUUAUCACUAUGGUUGCGACGGGCUGGAUGACCGGGGCUGGGGCUGUGGCUACCGCACGCUGCAGACGCUGUGCUCAUGGCCAACGGGCCAUCCCACACGAGUGCCUGGACUGGCUGCCAUAGAGGCAGCCCUGGAGGACAUGGGUUAUAAGCCUCCUGGGUUCCAGGGCUCCCGGAGUUGGAUCGGCUGUGUAGAAGCCAGCCUCUGCCUGGACUACUUCGGAGGGCCCCAGGGGCGCCUAUGCCAUGUGCCCCGUGGAACAGGGCUUCAAGGGGAAUUAGAGAGGCUUUACUCCCACUUCACAGGGGGUGGAGGUCCAGUGAUGGUGGGAGGAGAUGCAGAUGCCCAGUCCAAGGCCUUGCUGGGAGUCUGCUUGGGGCCAGGUACCGAAGCCUACGUCCUGGUAUUGGACCCUCACUACUGGGGAACUCCAAAAAACCCCAGUGAACUACAGGCUGCUGGGUGGGUGAGCUGGAGGGAGGUGAGCACAGCCUUUGACCCUAACUCCUUCUACAACCUGUGUUUGACCAACCCUAACUCUGAAAAGCAGCAGCAGCCCUGGACUGAGGGGUCCCAGAACUGAGACUCUUGCUUCCAUACAUGUGCCUCUACUUACCUCUUAAAAGUGUCCCAGCAGAGCCUGGGGCCUUUGGCAUCAAUAAAAUGGCAAGGCCCAGCUAA